AUGGAGUCUACGGCGUCUCCUGCGCCGUCAAAGCACCGCAUCCCCGGUCUACCCAACCCUGUGGUGGCAGCAGCCGAGGCAAAAUGGUUGUUUACAGAGGAGGAUAUGGAGCGCACUCCAUCGCGCUUAGACAAGAUCAACCGUGAACAAGAGGACUACAUCCGGCACCGAGCUGUCGAAUUCAUCUGGCAGGUGAGCAUGAUGCUGAAGAUGCCGCCGCAGACUUCAAUGACAGCCACCGUUUUCAUGCACCGGUUCUUGAUGCGCUACUCCUUACGUGGGCAGUAUCCGGAACAAGGCGGGGACCUGAUGCACCCCAAGGUCAUCGCGGCAGUGGCGCUCUUCGUCGCAUUCAAAGUUGAUGAGACCAUGCGUCGAAUGAAGGACUUUGUCGUGGCGUGUUGCCGCGUUGCCAUGAAGCAGCCCGAUAUGAUUGUUGACGAGCAGUCAAAAGACUACUGGAAGUGGCGGGAUUUGAUUCUACAGAACGAAAGCGUCAUGCUCGAGUUCCUUUGCUUCGACCUGCAACUCGAGUCGCCCUACCGCAUUCUGUGGGAUUACUCCCUCUUCCUCAAUGUCCCCGACAAUCGACCUCUCCGACACGCCGCAUACGCCUUUCUUAACGAUUCCACAUACACCGUGCUCUCUCUGCUGUUCCAGCCGCGUGUUAUCGCCGCCGCGGCCCUUUAUGCGGCUGCGCGCCACUGCAAGGUCUCGUUCCCAGACGAUUCCCAAGGCCGUCCGUGGUGGGAGCAGAUCGACGUUCGCGUCGAAGACCUCAUAACCGCCUGCAAGCUCAUCGUCAAGAUCUAUGAGCGUGUACAGCAGAAUCUGAGCAAGAACUACCCGGACUUCGCCAUCAGCGAUGCCGACCCCAAUGACCCCACCCGUCUCUUCCACAGCAACCCUCUCUCUGCCCCAGAUAUCAAUUCAUCUCUUUCUACGCCCGCAGCAGACUCUCCUGCUAUGAAUGGGCGCAAACGCUCCCGCGAGCCAGAAUCUUUCUCCGCAGACAACCACUACCCGAGCCCUAUCCCCCCACCUCAGACCCAAACACUGAACGGCGAGCGUUCGCCAAAGCGCCAAUGCACAGUGUCACCCGCGCCUAACGUGGCAACUCCCCCAGGGCCACCUCAGACAUCUCGUCCUCGUAUUCCGCUGCGAGCAAUGGCCUCCUUACCUCCGAAACCCAAACUGUCGAAUAAUGAGGAUGCUUCCGGCUCCCAUGUAGCUUCGAAUUCAAAUCACGAUCUUGCUUCUCAUACUAGGGAUGGUGCGAGUACGGAAGAGGGCGAGGUCUCAGAUGAUAAGGAUGCUAAUCAGCCGAACGCAGCGGUAUCACCAGGAAAAGAUGCAUCCGACGACGGAGGGGGAAGCGAAGAGGGCGAAAUUUAG